AUAUCUUUUCCUGUGAAGGCUGGAUAGACCACAUACACUUUCAAAAAAGGAAGUGCACAGUGAAGGACAAAGAACAUUUUUGACUCUCCAGUACAGCACAUACUUUUUAGCAGACUUGUAUGAGACAGAGACGCAAAAACUAUGGACAGCAAAACAGAUGUGAAGUCACUCAUGGCGAAAUUUAACGCGGGUAACAACCCCUCAGAGGACGUUUCUGGUAACAGUCGACCCUUCAAAAUUGCAGGACAACCUCUCCAUUCAGGAUUACAGACAAGGAAAGCAGCACUUGAGAAAUUUGCAAGUCAAGGAAAUGCAACUACUCCUUCAGGACCCAGUACCUUUCACAAACCUGUUCAUCCUAAGACUGCUCUGGGGGUCAAGCCUUCAGCUGAUGAUAAGACAGAAAAGGAUCCAAAGCCCCCAUAUUUGAAACCAGUGGCACAAAGGUUUGGGGUUCAGCUUCAGACAACUAAUAGGGACAAUGAUGGAAAAACUGGAUGCACUAAACCCACUACCAAAACCAGUGACUUGGCAAAAGAAGAGCCAAAGCCUCUGUAUCCAAAACCUGCAGGCAACAAGCCUCUUAGCACUGCUCCUCAUGAGAAAGAAAAAAGACCUCUGGGAACAAAACCAAAUUCAAAUUUUGCACCACAGGAGAGUGAGGCAAAACCAGUAUUUUCAAAAGUAGCUGGAGUUAAGGAAAAGUUCAUGUCCGCAUCACAAGAAAAUGAGCCCAGGCCUCCUUCCUCUAAACCAGCUCUUGCACAGAAGCCUUCUCUAAACCAUGAGGUCUCCCACAGCGAAGACACUUCAAGUAAAAAUGCACUUCUGCAUAAAGGAGUAGCAGGCCCUAGACCAAAAAUACAUUCUUUCAAAGCUGCAAAGGAAACAGAUGAAAAUAGUAACUGUGCUGCAGAAACUGCAAGCAGUCAUUUUGCUAACAUGGCUCUGAAACCUACUGGCCACUGGUCCAGCUCAUCGCAAGGCACCGCCAAAAACAUGGAUGAAAAGACUGAAGAAAAGGGGGUGAGUGCUGCCAGGAAUAUCUUUCUCAACAAAGUCAGCCAGGAAGAAUCUGGUUCAUCGCCUCCCAAGUUCCGUAAGAUGAGCACAGCGUUUGCUGCAGGAAAGUCACUGGGUGGGUCAGAAGAAAAGGAGGAUGGGGACAAGAGCUCAGGAGCCCCAAAAAGGAAAGCCUUGCCCCCACUGUUCAAGUUGGGCCAGCCCCCGCAGAAACCCUGCCGACCACCCAGCGUGGACCUGGAAAAGUUCCAGAAGAGCAUCCCAAAAGACAGUGAGUCCUCUCUGUUCUUUGUUUGUUUUUCCAGUCAGAGUGGUGGUCGAAAUGGAGCUGGAAAGAUGUUCCCACCUCCUCCUUCUGAUCAAGAAAUUUAUGAUGGCGUUGAUGAUACCGAUACUGUUACUAGGUCUGUAUCACAGGAUGAAGAUAAGAAUGAUACCUGGUCCUGGGGAAUCUUGAAGAAGCUAAAGGUCAAAGAUAACAAAAAGAAAAGUGUACGAGAAAAAGCAACCAAAGUCAAUGGGGCAGAAGAUAAUGGAGACUUGUCUCUUUCCACAAAGCAGUUUGGAAAAGAUUGUGGAGACAGUGAUGUUUACGAUGAUGUAGAUUCCUCGGACUUCCCUCCACCACCUGACUUCAGUUCACCAAAACCAGUAAACCUUGGAAAAGGUAAAUCAGAUGAAAAAGAUCCACAAAAACUUAAAAAGAUGGAAAGAGAAGAGAAGGAGUUCAGAAAAAAGUUCAAAUUUGAAGGUGAAAUCAAAGUUCUUUAUUCCACCACCACAGUCCAGGAUUUGCCCCAAAGAAAGUGGGGAUCUAAAGACUUACAAGUUAAGCCAGGGGAGUCUCUUGAAAUUAUACAAAAUACAGAUGAUACCAAGGUGCUGUGCAGGAAUGAAGAAGGAAAAUAUGGGUAUGUUCUGAGAAGCAAUUUAGUUGAGAAUGAUGGAGAGAUUUAUGAUGAUAUCGGUGAUGAUUGCAUCUAUGAUAAUGACUAAUGCAGAAUUCUGUGACAGUAAGCGCUUCACUGAAGACCAAAAUCAAUUUUGGACUUCCUAAUUGUCAUGCAAGAAGCCAUUAAAGCUGAUUCCAAGUUAAUCAGUUACACUCUUCAAAAUGUACAUUACUUGUUAAUCUUUUUGUAGAAUUUCAGGGGUUUGUCCUCAGUUGCUUUGUAAGAUAUAUAUAUAGUGCCAUUUAUCAGAGCAAUUAAACUAUGGGGAAUAUGAACUAGAAUUAAAGUUAUCAUCUUCCACUUCGUUUCUACUCUGGUGACAAUCCAUACAAAAACAAUUCUUCUUCAAUUAGCUACACCCAAAGAGGCCAGUUCAGGUCUGUGAAGGAUAUAGAGGACAACAAAUCCUGGGAACAGGUUUCACUGCAGCUCUGUUCUAGUAAACAGCAGAGACUGUCACUCUGGGGAUGACAGCAUCCUGAAAAGGAAUGCUUCUUUUGGGGAUAACAUCCUGUUAUGAAAACAGGAAAUCAAAAGUGGGCAUCAGUUUUCUGACCUGCCCUUCCAACUGUAAUAGCAUUUGCUACACUGACAUGUACAGCCAUGUGCCUCCAUUGCUGAAGUUUAUUUUUCUGUGUUGCACUAGUGAUAGAUUACAGUUUCUUAAAUUUCUCUUUAUUUUGUAAGUACUUUUUGACUAAUAUUAAUAGUAAAACAUUAACUACUUAUGUUACAUACAGAACUCUGAGAUAUAAACCAUAGAAGAGCCUGUUUUAUAGUGUAGUGUUGCUCAGAAUAACUUUGUAAUGUUUAGGUUAAGAUUUAAUUUUUGUUUAGUUUAGGUAUGUUGUUGUCACUAUAGUAAUGUAGGCAUUAAAAUGGACUUACAUGGAAAUAAUGGAAGUAAUUUCUAGAUUAAAAAUAUAUGUAUUUAUCACACCA